UAUAUGUGGAUAAGGAUUUCAAGUAGUUAGUUGUUGGAUAUGUUACUUGAACUUUAGCUAGAUAUAUAGCUCUUACAUCCACAUAAAAAGGCCGGUAUAAGAUUUACGUGAAAUUUAUGGUGCUUUUAGGCAUGAAAUGAACUUCAAAAUACCUCAUCUAACUAAAUAUAAUAUACAGUAUCUAAUUAAUGAUUUUUAUCUUGUUUCUUGUAUGUAUAUAUAUCUAUAUAUCUAUUGCAGGCUAUAUAUCAGGUUUUCUAAUCUGUUGAAAAUAUAAAAAGAAGAAGGAAGAAUUGUCAUCUGAAGUGGUUUCAACACAAACAUAGAGAGUUGUGAAAACAUGUAUGCAGUUGUGAAGGUAAACAAGGAGAAAAUGUCAUCAAAUUCGCCGUGUGCAGCGUGCAAGUUCCUACGCCGUAAAUGCACACAAGAAUGUGUUUUCGCACCUUACUUUCCACCAGACCAGCCACAAAAAUUUGCCAAUGUUCACAAAGUCUAUGGAGCAAGUAACGUUGCUAAACUCCUCAACGACCUUCCACCGACAAAACGUGAAGACGCGGUCAAUUCGUUGGCCUACGAAGCCGAUGCAAGGCACCGCGACCCAGUUUAUGGAUGCGUUGGACUAAUCUCGAUUCUCCAACAUCGUUUAAAGCAAGUCCAAAUGGAUUUAGAAAAUGCUAAAAGGGAAUUAGCUAAUUACAUUGGCCCAUCAGCCACACUUCCGAUUUUAAAUCAUCAACCUGCAGCAGGGUUUAUCCAACACUCAUCGGUUUUGCCUAAUUACAGUAUGCACCCUCAUGAGACGAUUUUGGGGUUGACUACUAGGGAUAUUGUUCGUGAGGUGCCACGUAUGGUUCAACAAGUGAUUGGUGUUCAUAAUUGUGAUCGAGAACAACAGGCAGAAGAAGAAGAACAAGUGUUGAGAAACUAUGAUAACCAGACUCCGCGGUCAUCAAGCGAUCUUUUGGGGUUUAAUAGCGGCGGGUUUGAUUCGGUUUCAGCUGCUAUCCAAGUGACUACUAGUGAGUUUAGCCACAUGACCACUACUGCAGCAGCCAUGUCACCUUGUUUAUCACUGGGUGGUUCAUACGAUAACAACAAUGUGUAUCAGAUCCAACACCAGCACCACCACCACCUCCAGCCGCACCAGCUAUUUCUCCAUCAACAGCUGCCACUGCAGAGAGCUGAGUAACGUAGCGGCGUAAGAUCGUUGGACUGUGUCGAUCGAGUUUAGUUUGUCGUACUUCCUUUCGAUCUCCGGGCAUUAAUAUUAGCUUAAUUUUGUUUGAUGAAAUCAAAGUUUAGUUACGUUUUAGAUGAAUUGACAGCAUGUUUUUUACUCUAGCUACUAAUUAAUUAUUGUUUGAUUUGGCGAGUUAUUUAAUUAAUUAAAUAUAUUUCAUUUCUUUUCUAA